GGUCAGCAGCUUGUUGAGCCAUAUAACUUAGAAAUUGAAAAAAAAGAGGUUAACUCACCUGCCACACGAUGUCAGCCGGCUGAUAAUGAUGAAGAUAGAGAUGAACGAAUGGUGGUGAGGUGGCCCGAAGGUGCGAUAUCACCGAGUCAUCAUUCAUUUAUAUCGCUAUAUCCACCCGUCGUGGAGGUGAUUAUUACCUGGGUGACGGCAACGAUGAAACGUUCAAAUGGUGGGAUGUACAUUUGA